AUGCCUCCCAAGUCUGGUAAGAAGGCCGCCCCGGCCCCGUUCCCUGCGAGCAAGGCGGGCAAGAAGGCACCCAAGAACCCCCUCAUCGAGAAGCGCACCCGCAACUUCGGUAUCGGCCAGGACAUCCAGCCCAAGCGCAACCUCUCGCGCAUGGUGAAGUGGCCCGAGUAUGUCCUGCUCCAGCGCCAGCGCAAGAUCCUCAACAUGCGCCUGAAGGUUCCCCCAGCCAUCUCCCAGUUCCAGCACGUCCUGGACCGCAACACCGCCGCCCAGGCUUUCAAGCUCCUCAACAAGUACCGUCCUGAGACCAAGGCCGAGAAGAAGGAGCGUCUGACCAAGGAGGCCACCGCCAUCAAGGAGGGCAAGAAGAAGGAGGACGUCAGCAAGAAGCCCUACACCGUCAAGUACGGUCUCAACCACGUCGUCGGCCUGGUCGAGAACAAGAAGGCCUCGCUCGUCCUCAUCCCCAACGAUGUCGACCCCAUUGAGCUCGUCAUCUUCCUGCCCGCUCUGUGCCGCAAGAUGGGUGUCCCCUACGCCAUCAUCAAGGGCAAGGCCCGUCUCGGAACCGUCGUCCACAAGAAGACCGCUGCCGUCCUGGCCCUCACCGAGGUCCGCUCCGAGGACAAGAGCGAGCUCUCCAAGCUCGUCAGCGCCGUCAAGGAUGGCUACCUCGCCAACAGCGAGAACGCCCGCCGACAGUGGGGCGGUGGUAUCAUGGGUGCCAAGGCCAACAAGCGCAUCGAGAAGAAGCAGAAGGCUCUUGAUUCUGCCAUCAAGGUCUAA